UUGUCAAAACACUGUAUAUGUGUCAGCUCUUUUUCUUCUUGCUCUCUCAACUCACUAAAACAUAUUUAUAUUUGUCACUAUUAAUUUAUUUUAAUUUUAUAUUUCAGUCCUUUUUAAGACCCUAAAAUGCAAAUUUUCCCUUUUGGCUUGGCCUUAGAUUAUCUUCUUAAACACCAUUAUAUAAAUCUCUUCUCACGAAACUAAAACAAAUCAAUUUUAAACAUUAAGCCAAAAUCAAAACCAAACAACACGUAAAACCAAGCUAAGCUGCCAACAAAAACAAAACGCCUCCUUCUUUUCCUUUCUCUUCUCUCAUUUUGUUUUUUGAAUUAAUUUCCCUGUAAAAUUAUCUUUUUUGUUCUAAUUUUGUUUUAAUUUCAUGUUUUGUACUUUGGAUGUGUAAAGCAUCCCUUGCUCUUCUCUCCCUCCUUUCUCAGUGGUUGGAAGUAGAGAAGUAGAGGUGAGAUGGCGAAUAUAAGAUCGACUUUGCCUUCAAGGCUUCGCCAGCUUUUGUCUGGCGAAACCGCCACCGGUGGUCCUUCUAUCAAGUUCGACUCUGAGCCUCCUCCUCAGAUUAAAGCAUUUAUUGAUAAAGUGAUUCAGAGUCCGUUACAGGAUAUAGCAAUACCACUUUCAGGCUUUCGGUGGGAGUACACCAAGGGGAAUUUUCAUCAUUGGAGGCCACUGUUUCAUCAUUUUGAUACAUAUUUCAAGACAUACCUGUCUUGUAGGAAUGAUCUGCUCCUAUCAGAUAAAAUUCUAGAAGAUGACAGUCCAUUUCCAAAGCAUGCAGUUCUUCAAAUACUAAGAGUAAUGCAAAUUAUCUUGGAGAAUUGUCACAACAAGAGUGCAUUUGAUUGCUUGGAGCAUUUCAAGCUUCUACUUUCAUCUACUGAUCCUGAAAUUCUUAUAGCUACACUGGAGACUCUUUCUGCACUUGUUAAAAUAAACCCAUCUAAGGUCCAUGGGAGUGGUAAGUUGAUUGGAUGUGGUUCUGUCAACAGCUAUCUGCUCUCUCUUGCUCAGGGUUGGGGGAGCAAGGAGGAGGGAUUGGGUCUUUAUUCAUGUGUUUUGUCAAAUGAGAGAACACAGGAGGAAGGGCUUAGUUUGUUUCCAUCCGGCACAGAAAAUGAGCGUGACAAGUCCCAAAACCAGAUUGGUUCUAGUCUUUAUUUUCAAUUGCAUGGUCUAAAUACUCAAGGACCUGAAGAAAGAAUUGAUGAUGCCAAUUCUACUUCGAGAGUCAUAUACAUGCCAGACCUACAUUUGCGGAAGGAGGAUGAUCUGUUAAUAAUGAAGAUCUGUAUUGAAGAGUAUAACGUACCCCCUGAGCUUCGGUUUUCAUUGCUAACAAGAAUUAGAUAUGCACAUUCCUUUCGGUCGACAAGGAUAUGCAGGCUGUACAGCAGGAUUUGCCUUCUUGCAUUUAUUGUGCUUAUUCAGUCUAAUGAUGCUAAUGAUGAGCUGACAACAUUUUUUGUGAAUGAACCGGCGUAUACAAAUGAAUUGAUCAGGAUCGUGCGCUCUGAGGAAACUAUUCCUGGAACUAUUAGAACUCUUGCGAUGCUUGCAUUGGGAGCUCAGUUAGCUGCAUAUUCAACAUCUCAUGAUCGGGCACGAAUUUUGAGUGGAUCAAGCAUGAGUUUUACUGUAGGAAAUCGAAUGAUUCUCUUGAAUGUGCUCCAGAAGGCAGUUCUGUCACUGAAAGGUUCUAGUGAUCCAUCAUCUCUUGCUUUUAUUGAUGCUCUUCUUCAGUUCUAUCUGCUUCAUAUCGUGUCAUCCUCUGCAUCAGGGAGUAAUAUUAGAGGAUCUGGAAUGGUGCCAACCUUUUUACCCCUUUUGGAGGAUUCUGACCCAAAUCAUAUGCAUCUUGUGUAUUUGGCUGUAAAAGCUCUACAAAAGCUCAUGGAUUACAGCAGUUCGGCUGUGUCACUGCUUAGAGAAUUGGGUGGAGUGGAGCUUUUGGCUCAGAGGCUGCAGACAGAAGUCCAUAGAGUUAUUGGUAUGUCUGGCGGAAAUGAUAAUUUAAUGAUCACCGGGGAAUGCUCAAGAUACAAUGAUGACCACUUGUACUCCCAAAAGAGGCUUAUCAAGGUGCUUUUGAAAGCUCUUGGUUCUGCUACAUAUGCCCCAGCAAACUCCACCAGACCACAGAAUCCUCAUGACAGUUCUCUGCCUGGUACAUUGUCACUCAUAUAUAGGAAUGCUGAUAAAUUUGGAGGUGAUAUUUACUACUCGGCUGUGACUGUUAUGAGUGAGAUUAUCCAUAAAGAUCCAACUUGUCUUCCUGCACUUCUUGAACUGGGUCUUCCGGAUUCCUUUUUAUCUUCAGUGUUGUCUGGGGUACUUCCAUCUUCAAAGGCUAUAACAUGUGUUCCAAAUGGCAUUGGUGCCAUUUGUCUUAAUGCCAAAGGCUUGGAGGCAGUGAAAGAAACGUCAGCACUGCGAUUCCUUGUUGACAUCUUUACAAGCAAGAAGUAUGUGCUGGUGAUGAAUGAAGCAGUUGUUCCUUUGGCUAAUGCAACAGAAGAGCUUUUGCGCCAUGUAUCUUCAUUGAGAAGCAGUGGUGUUGAUAUGAUAAUUGAAAUUGUAAAUAAAAUUGCUUCCUUUGGGGAGAGCUCUAGUCUGUCUGGGUCAUCAUCUAUGGAAAAAGUUAAUGGUACAACUGCAAUGGAAACUGAUUCUGAAGACAAAGGAAAUGAAGAGCAUUGUCGUCUGGGUGGUGUAGUGGAUUCUGUAACUGAAGAUAUCAGUGAUGAGCAGUUUCUCCAGUUGUGCAUUUUACAUCUGAUGGUUUUGCUUCAUAGAACAACAGAGAAUGCUGAAACAUGUCGCUUGUUUGUGGAGAAAUGUGGAAUUGAAGCUUUACUGAAACUUCUUUUAAGGCCUAGUAUUGUACAGUCAUCUGAGGGGAUGUCAAUUGCUUUACAAAGCACCAUGGUUUUUAAAGGGUUUACUCAGCAUCACUCUGCUCCUCUUGCACGUGCCUUCUGUUCUUCUCUUAGGGAACAUUUGAAGAAAGCCUUGAUGGCAUUUGGUGCAGCUUCAGGGUCAUUUUUAUUGGAUCCUAAGCUGAUGCCUGAUGAUGGAAUCUUUUCCCCCCUUUUCCUUGUUGAGUUCCUACUGUUUCUUGCUGCUUCCAAAGAUAAUCGUUGGGUUAGUGCUUUGCUUGCAGAACUUGGAAAUGGCAGCAAAGAUGUUCUGGAAGACAUUGGUCUUGUUCAUCGUGAAAUUUUAUGGCAGAUUGCACUCCUUGAAGAUGCCAAAGUUGGAACAGAGGAUGAUAGUGCCAGUUCUAGUUUUGCUGAGCCCGAGUCACAACAACUGGAAUCUAGUGCAAGUGAUACUGAUGGUCAACGGUUGAACUCGUUUAGACAGUUUCUUGAUCCAUUAUUAAGGAGAAGGAUACCAGGAUGGAACAUUGAAUCUCAAUUCUUUGACCUCAUAAAUCUUUAUCGUGAACUUGGCAGAGCUACUGGCUUUCAACAGAGACUGGGUAUUGAUGGUUCAAACAUGCGUUUUGGAGCCAAUCAUUCUUCUUUAUCAGAUGCUUCUGGAUCUGCAAAAAAAAAGGAAUAUGACAAGAAGAGGUCAUAUCACACAUCUUGCUGUGAUAUGGUGAGGUCACUUUCCUUCCACAUUAUCCAUUUGUUUCAAGAGUUGGGAAAAGUGAUGGUACUUCCUUCUCGUCGUCGGGAUGAUACUGUUAAUGCAUCCCCUGCAUCAAAAUCUGUUGCUUCUAGUUUUGCCUCUAUUGCAUUGGGUCACAUGAACCAUGGAGGCCAUGUAAAUUCUUCAGGCUCGGAAGCAUCCAUAUCUACAAAAUGUCGCUACUUUGGUAAGGUUAUUGAUUUCAUUAACAGCAUUCUUCUGGACCGGCCGGAUUCCUGCAAUGCUAUUAUGCUAAACUGCUUAUAUGGACGCGGAGUUGUUCAAUCAGUUUUGACAACUUUUGAAGCUACCAGUCAAUUACUAUUUGCAGUUAAUAGGGCUCCAGCAUCUCCAAUGGAUACAGAUACUGGUAAUCUAAAGCAGGAUGAAAAGGAAGAUGGUGACCAUGCAUGGAUUUAUGGUCCAUUAGCUAGCUAUGGUAAAUUUAUGGAUCAUCUUGUGACUUCUUCUUUUAUUUUAUCUCCAUUCACCAAACACUUGCUUGUGCAAACACUUGCUAGCGGUGAUGUUCCUUUCCCUCGGGAUGCUGAAACUUUUGUGAAGGUGCUUCAAUCUAUGGUGCUUAAGGCAGUGCUACCAGUUUGGACUCACCCACAGUUUACUGACUGCAGUUCUGAGUUCAUCACGACAGUUAUUUCUAUCAUUAGCCACAUUUACUCUGGUGUUGAAGUUAAAAAUAUUGCCAGCAGCAACAGUGCUCGUGUUAUUGGGCCCCCUCCAAAUGAAACAGCCGUAGCAACAAUUGUAGAGAUGGGAUUUUCCAGAUCUAGAGCAGAAGAAGCUCUGAGGCAAGUUGGAUCUAAUAGUGUGGAGUUGGCAAUGGAGUGGCUAUUCUCCCAUCCAGAGGAAAUCCAGGAGGAUGAUGAGCUUGCUCGUGCACUUGCCAUGUCUCUUGGGAACCCUGAAACUGAUACAAAUGUAGAUGCUUCAAAUGACAGUAGCAAGGAACUUGAAGAAGAGAUGGUUCAACUUCCUCCUGUUGAGGAGUUAUUAUCAACAUGUACAAAGCUGCUUCAGAUGAAGGAACCUCUGGCAUUCCCGGUUAGAGACCUUCUUGUGUUGAUCUGCUCCCAAAAUGAUGGCCAAUAUAGGUCUAGUGUAAUUUCCUUCAUUCUUGACCAAGUUAGAGAUUCUAGUUCUGUUUCUGAUAGCAGAAACAAUUCUCUGCUCUCUGGUCUUCUCCAUGUUCUUGCUUUGAUUCUUCAUGAGGAUGUGGGGGCACGGGAGAUCGCCUCAAAGAGUGGACUGGUAAAAGUUGUAACGGAUUUACUUUCAGGGUGGGACUCUGGUUCAGUAGACAAGGAGAAGCAUCGAGUUCCAAAGUGGGUAACAACUGCUUUCCUUGCUCUUGAUAGGUUACUUCAGGUGGAGCCAAAAUUGAAUACUGAAAUUGUUGAGCAGUUGAAAGGCGACAAUGUUAGUAGCCAGCAGACAUCUGUCAGUAUUGAUGAGGAUAACAAAAGUAAGUUGCAGUCCUCAUUUGGGUCUCCGAGACAUAUAGAUAUUCACGAGCAGAAGAGACUGAUUGAGAUUGCUUGUAGCUGUAUAAAAAGCCAGUUUCCAUCUGAAACAAUGCAUGCUGUCCUGCAGCUGUGUUCCACUCUGACUAGAACCCAUUCUGUCGCUGUUUGUUUUCUGGAUGGUGGGGGUGUAAGUUCACUUCUUUCGCUGCCAACAAGUAGUCUUUUUCCUGGGUUUGACAAUGUCGCUGCUACCAUUAUCCGUCAUGUCCUUGAGGAUCCUCAAACCUUGCAGCAGGCAAUGGAAGCUGAGAUAAAGCACAGUCUUGCAGCUUUGGCAAAUCGGCAUUCAAGUGGAAGAGUUAGUCCACGUAUUUUCAUUAUCAACCUAAGUUCUGUCAUUUCUCGUGAUCCAGUAAUAUUUAUGCAGGCUGUCAAGUCUGUCUGCCAAGUAGAGAUGGUUGGUGACAGACCUUACAUUGUUUUGGUUAAAGACAGGGACAAAGAUAAACCCAAGGAGAAAGAAAAAGAGAAAACAUCAGACAAAGAUAGAACACAGCAAACUGAUGGAAAGGGUAAUUUGUGCAAUACGAACUCAGCAGCCCCUGGGACUGGGCAUGGGAAACUUACUGAUUCAAAUUCUAAGUCAGUUAAAAUGCAUAGAAAAUAUCCCCCAAGUUUUGUAAAUGUGAUUGAGCUUCUUCUGGAUUCAGUUAAUGUUUUUGUACCUCCCUUGACAAAUGAAGUUAGAACAGAUGUGCCUGUUGAUGCACCUUCAUCAACUGAUAUGGAAAUUGAUGUUGCUGCCGUCAAGGGUAAGGGAAAAGCCAUUGCGACUGUGUCUGAUUUGAAUGGUGUUUCUGGACAAGAUGCUUCUUCAUCAAUUGCAAAGAUAGCAUUCAUCUUGAAACUUUUGACAGAGAUUCUGUUAAUGUAUGCUUCAUCUGUUCAUGUGCUGCUGAGGAGAGAUGGUGAAAUUAGUAGUUGCAGGGUCCCUAAUCAAAGGGGCUCAGCUGGUUUAUCCACGAGUGGAAUAUUUCAUCACAUUCUUCACCGGUUUAUUCCAUAUUCCAGGAAUUCAAAGAAGGAAAGGAAAAGUGAUGGUGACUGGAGGCAUAAGCUAGCAACCAGGGCUAGUCAAUUUUUGGUUGCAUCUUGUGUUCGUUCUGCAGAGGCCAGGAAAAGAGUGUUUACAGAGAUUAAUUGUAUUUUCAAUGACUUCGUUGAUUCAUCAGAUGGCUUCAAACCUCCAAGCAGUAAUAUGCAGUCUUUUUUUGAUCUGUUGAAUGAUAUAUUAGUUGCCCGUACAUCAACUGGAUCAUGCAUCUCAGCAGAAGCUUCUGCCACUUUUAUAGAUGUUGGUUUGGUUGCAUCAUUAACACGCAUGCUUGAGGUGUUGGAUUUGGAUCAUUCUGAGUCACCUAAAGUUGUUACAGGGAUUGUCAAAACCUUGGAACUUGUAACCAAGGAGUAUGCUCAUUCAGCUGAUUCUUCUGCUAUCAAAGGUGAGAGUUCUGUCAAACCUGCUGAGCAUAACCAGUCUGGGAGAAUUGAUAAUAUUGAUGCAUCACAAUCCAUGGAAAUGGCAUCUCAGUCUAGUCACGAUACAGUUGCAGCUGACCGUGUUGAGUCAUUCAAUACUGUCCAAAACUAUGGGGUCCCUCAAGCUGUUACGGAUGAUGUGGAACAUGACCAGGAUCUUGAUGGAGGUUUUGCUCCUGCAACUGAGGAUCAUUAUAUGCAAGAAACCUCUGAGGAUGCAAGGGAUCUUGAUAAUGGUGUAGACAAUGUGGGGAUUCAUUUUGAAAUCCAGCCCCAUGAGCAAGAAAACCUUGAUGAUGACGAGGAUGAGGAGAUGUCUGGAGAUGACGGGGAUGAAGUGGAUGAAGAUGAUGACGAGGAUGACGAGGAUCAUAAUGAUUUGGAGGCAGAUGAUGUACAUCACCUGCCUCAUCCUGACACAGAUCAAGAUGAUCAUGAGAUUGAUGAUGAGUUUGAUGAUGAAGUAUUGGAGGAAGAUGAAGAGGAUGGUGAUGAUGAUGAGGGUGGAGUAAUUCUUAGGUUGGAAGAGGGUAUGAAUGGAAUGGAUGUGUUUGACCAAAUUGAUGUUUUUGGUAGAGACCACAGCUUUGCCAGUGAAACUCUUCGUGUAAUGCCAGUUGAAGUUUUUGGUUCUAGACGUCAAGGACGUACUACAUCCAUUUACAGUCUUUUGGGACGCAGUGGUGAGAAUUCAGCUCCUUCAAGGCAUCCUCUUUUGUUGGGACCUUCAUCACAACGCUCAGCCUCUCCAAGGCAGUCAGAGAAUGCCCACAUUAUGAUUCCUUCAGACAGAAACUCAGACAGUGCUUCAUCACAACUGGAUACUAUUUUUCGAUCAUUGAGGAAUGGGCGUCACAGUCAUCCUUUGAACUUGUGGGUUGAUGAGAGCCAACAAGGCAGUGGGUCAAGUGCAGCUAUUAUACCUCAAGGCCUUGAAGAGUUGCUUGUUUCCCAACUGAGGCGAUCAGUCCCUGAGAAAUCUUCUGAUCAGAACAAAUCAAUGGUGGAACCUCAGACACAUGGUGACGGUAUUCAGUUACAGGAAUCAGGUGCUGGUGUGAGGUCUGAGAAUCCUGUCGAAAACAAUGUAAAUAAUGAAAAUGCUGAUGUGCCUCCAUCUUCUGCUGCAAAUGGUAGCUCUCUCAAUGUGGAUGGGAACCAUAUGGUAAAUGAUAGUCUUCAAGGAACAGAUGCAUCAAAUAGACAUUCACAAUCUAUUGAAAUGCAAUUUGAGCAAAAUGAUGCAACUGUUCGUGAUGUUGAAGCAGUGAGCCAAGAAAGUAGUGGUAGUGGGGCUACUUUAGGGGAGAGCCUUCGAAGCCUUGAUGUUGAGAUUGGAAGUGCAGAUGGCCAUGAUGAUGGUGGAGAAAGGCAAGGUUCUUCAGACAGAACUAUUGAUCCACAGGCUGCUCGUGCAAGAAGAACAAAUGUAUCUAGUGGGAAUUCUACAGCUGUUGGUGUUAGGGAUGCACCUCUCCACAGUGUCACUGAGGUGUCAGAGAAUUCUAGUCGAGAAGCAGAUCAAGAUGUUCCGGCCUCAGAGCAGCAGAUAAAUAGUGUGGCUGGUUCUGGAUCAAUUGAUCCUGCAUUUUUGGAUGCUCUCCCGGAGGAGUUGCGAGCUGAGGUUCUUUCAGCUCAGCAGGGUCAAGUGGCGCAGCCCUCAAAUGUUGAACGACAGAAUUCUGGAGAUAUUGACCCAGAGUUUCUUGCGGCCCUUCCCCCAGACAUCCGAGCUGAAGUUCUUGCACAACAGCAAGCACAAAGGAAUCAUCAGUCUCAGGAGCUGGAAGGUCAACCAGUUGAGAUGGACACCGUCUCAAUAAUUGCAACAUUUCCUUCAGAUUUACGGGAAGAGGUUCUGUUAACAUCAUCUGAUGCUAUUCUUGCUAAUCUCACACCUGCCCUUGUUGCGGAGGCAAACAUGUUGCGUGAGAGAUUUGCACAUCGAUAUCAUAAUCGUAACUUGUUUGGAAUGUACCCUAGAAAUCGCAGAGGUGAAUCUUCAAGGAGAGGUGAGGGUAUUGGAUCCAGCCUGGACAGGAUUGGGGGAAGUAUUGUGUCACGAAGAUCUGUGUCUGCUAAGGUAAUUGAAGCUGAAGGAACCCCUUUAGUUGGUACAGAAGCUCUUCAAGCAAUGGUUCGGUUACUUCGCAUAGUUCAGCCACUGUACAAAGGUGCUUUGCAGAAGCUUUUGUUGAACUUAUGUGCUCAUAAUGAAACGAGAACAGCGCUCGUUAAAAUCUUGAUGGACAUGCUGAUGCUUGAUACAAGAAAGCCCAUCAAUUAUUCAAAUUCAAAUGAACCACCAUACAGGCUUUAUGGUUGCCAGAAUAAUGUUAUGUAUUCGCGUCCUCAACGUUUUGAUGGAAUUCCUCCUCUAGUGUGUAGGCGAGUUCUUGAGACUCUCACUUACCUGGCUCGAAAUCAUCCAUAUGUUGCAAAGAUAUUACUUCAGUUUAGAUUGCCUCUUGCUACCCUACAAGAGCCAAGGAAUAUUGAUCAGUCACGUGGAAAAGCUUUGAUGACUGAGCAGCAGGAGGAAGGAUUCAUUUCUGUUGCAUUGCUUUUGAGCCUUCUCAAUCAACCCCUGUACUUGAGAAGUAUAGCACAUCUUGAGCAGCUGCUAAACUUGUUGGAUGUCAUCAUUGACCAUGCCGAAGGGAAGCCUUUUUCAUCUGAUAAGUUGAGGGCGCCACCCACUGAACUGGUGUCAACCACUGAACAAAUACCUGCUUCACAAAUUUCAAUGUCUGAUGCUGCCGUUAAUGCAGAGAAUCAUUAUGCUCCUUCGGAGGUUGCUGAAUCAUCUUUAAAGACUGCUGAUGCAUCUAAUCCCUCAGCAUCUUGUGCAAGUAAUGAAAGUGAUGUGCAGAGUGUACUGACCAAUCUCCCACGAGCUGAGCUUCGACUUUUGUGCUCAUUGCUUGCACGGGAAGGUUUGUCAGAUAAUGCAUAUGGUCUGGUGGCAGAGGUAAUGAAAAAGCUGGUGGCUAUUACUCCACGCCAUAGUCAUCUGUUUAUUUCUGAGCUAGCUGGUGCUAUACAACAUCUGAUUGAAUCUUCCAUGGAUGAGUUGCACAAGUUUGGUGAAGCAGUGAAAGCUCUUCUCUGCACAGCAUCUUCUGAUGGAGCUGCAAUUUUAAGGGUUUUACAGGCACUGAGUUCUCUUGUUAGUUCCAUAAGUGAGAAAGAAAAGGAAAUGCAGCUGCUGCCUGAAACAGAGCGUUCCUCUGCUCUUGGCCGGGUUUUAGACAUCAAUGCAGCGUUAGAACCGUUGUGGAUAGAGUUGAGUUCUUGCAUAAGCAAAAUAGAGAGCUAUUCAGAUUCUGCAUCUGAUUUAUCAGCUUCAUCCAGAACUUCCACAUCACGACAAUCUGGUGUAACAUCACCCCUUCCUGCAGGUGCUCAGAACAUCUUGCCAUAUAUAGAAUCUUUUUUCGUGGUGUGUGAAAAGUUGCAUCCUGCACCGCCAGGUUCAGGUCAUGAUUUAGGCAUGGCUGCGAUUUCUGAUGUCGAGGAUGCCAACACAUCUUCAGGCCAGCUGAAAACUUCUGGUCCUAUCACAAAAUUUGAUGAAAAACAUGUUGUCUUUGUGAAGUUCUCGGAGAAGCAUAGGAAGUUGUUAAAUGCUUUCAUCCGCCAGAAUCCUGGGCUGCUUGAUAAGUCAUUUUCACUUCUUCUUAAAGUUCCCCGCUUUGUUGAUUUUGAUAACAAACGGGCUCACUUCAGGUCCAAAAUAAAGCAUCAACAUGAUCAUCAUCACAGUCCUCUAAGAAUAUUGGUUAGAAGAGCUUACAUACUUGAGGAUUCAUAUAACCAGCUACGGAUGCGGUCAACUCAAGAUUUGAAGGGGAGGUUGACUGUUCACUUCCAAGGAGAGGAAGGUAUUGAUGCAGGUGGGCUUACAAGGGAAUGGUAUCAGCUCUUAUCCAGGGUUAUAUUUGACAAAGGAGCUUUGCUGUUCACUACAGUGGGCAACGAGUCAACGUUCCAGCCUAAUCCCAACUCCGUCUACCAAACAGAACAUCUUUCAUACUUCAAAUUUGUUGGACGAGUAGUCGGAAAAGCACUUUUUGAUGGGCAACUCUUGGAUGUUCACUUUACUCGAUCUUUCUACAAGCAUAUAUUGGAUGUUAAAGUUACUUACCAUGACAUUGAAGCGAUUGACCCUGAUUACUUCAAAAACCUGAAGUGGAUGCUUGAGAAUGAUAUUAGUGAUGUCCUAGACCUUACUUUUAGCAUUGAUGCUGACGAGGAGAAGUUGAUAUUGUAUGAAAGGACACAGGUGACUGACUAUGAGCUGAUUCCCGGUGGUCGGAACAUUAAAGUUACUGAGGAGAAUAAACACCAAUAUGUUGAUUUAGUUGCUGAGCAUCGUUUGACAACUGCUAUUCGUCCACAAAUCAAUGCAUUUUUGGAAGGAUUCAAUGAAUUAAUUCCCAGGGAAUUAAUAACUAUUUUUAAUGACAAGGAGCUGGAAUUACUGAUAAGUGGUCUUCCAGAUAUUGAUUUGGAUGAUAUGAGGGCAAAUACCGAGUACUCAGGGUAUAGUGCAGCAUCACCUGUUAUACAAUGGUUUUGGGAUGUUGUUCAAGGGUUCAGCAAGGAAGAUAAAGCUCGGCUUCUCCAGUUUGUGACAGGCACCUCGAAGGUGCCUUUAGAAGGUUUUAGUGCACUUCAAGGAAUUUCAGGUUCACAAAAGUUCCAGAUACACAAAGCAUACGGCAGUCCAGAUCACUUGCCUUCUGCUCAUACCUGUUUCAAUCAAUUGGAUUUACCUGAGUAUCCGUCUAAGGAACAUCUAGAAGAGAGGUUGUUGCUUGCGAUUCAUGAGGGCAGUGAAGGGUUUGGAUUCGGUUAAGAUUUCGGAGCGGUAAAAUAUUGUCGUCAUGUAGAUAAAGAUAGAUAUAAAUGGCAUUAGGAUCGGAAUUUUGUUUUGGGGGGCACAAGGGGUAGUUGGGCUGAUGUUGAACUGAUUACAUGUUUAUAUUACUGUACAGUCGCAUAUUGGCUACCGGAAUGUCAUUUUCUGGCAGUUUUAAAUUUGCCAUCUUUAUUUAUACUUUUUUUUUUUAAAGAAAUUUGUCUUUCCUUUGUUGAAAUGAAAAAAGGAGAGGCUCACCAUUGGUUCAA